UUCGGAGCGGUUUGAAUCGGUUUAGAGUGAUUUGAGUGAUUGUUGCAAAUCGCCGACAACCGGUACCAACCGCAAAAGCUGCGUUUGCGGGUAGUAGCGGGAAAACCAGUCGCCCCUUAGUGUAUAGACUGGCAAACGCACAUGUCAGCUCACACUAGAAAGUAGAAAGUUAAAAUAUGAUUUGAUCCGAGUUUGAUUAUUUCUUAAAUUAGACUAAAAUUUAAGGUUAAAUAUAGACAACUCAAGCUAUUAAUAAGGAGGAGAAUAUAUACAUUAACAUUAACAUUACCGUUAUCCUCCACUUCUCUCCCUCUGGAUCGAGAAAAAUAAAUCUCCGAUCCAUUCUUAUCUCCAAUCACCGUAAACACCAAGGUACCACGUUCCAUACUUUAACUCGAAUUAGGUUUUUUUUUCAUGCAGUUAAUGGAAUCUCAAAUGUAUUCUUCCUUGUUUUUGUGUAUUAUCAGGUUUAUUUGAUCUACUUCUAAACUUAGGGUUUGUGAGUUUGAUUCGGGGAUUCAAAAGAGAAUCUGCCAAUGGAGCGUUGUUUGUUGCGUAUAGAAGAAGAAACGAGUUAGGGUGAGAUUUGAUUUGUGUAGAUGGUGACGAUGAAAAGCCCUUUGAGGAUAUUCAUAGAGGUUUCGAUGAAGGAAUUGAUUAGAAGUUUCAGGAGGCAAAGGAUCAGAUGGAGAAACGCGUUUCUUCUCGGUUCUAUAAUGACCACCAUUGUUAUUCUUCUUCACACACCCACAUUUUCUAUCUUCUCCGAUGAUGAAGAAACCGAGUCUUCUUCUUCGCCUAUCUACUUGAACGGUUCUCUUCAUUUGAAUAUCCAAAUUGUUAGUGAAGCAAAGGUUGAAAGCUUUCCUUCUCUUACAACGACUCCUGUAGUGAAAAUGAAUUCUUCCUCCGAGAUCAAACGUGUAGAUGAAGAAACCAAUCUACCGAGGAAAAGACAAAAAAGGAAGAGAAGAAAGAAGACAAAAGACGAUCUCAUUCUCACUGAUCCUCCACCAGCACCACGACAUAUUCUUUCUUCCUCAGAGAGACGUGCUCUUUCAUUGCCACCAAAGGAAGCUUUAGCUUUUGCAAAGCUGGAGAUUCAGCGAGCACCUGAAGUCGUGAAUGACACGGAACUGUUUGCUCCAGUGUUUCGUAAUCUCUCAAUUUUCAAAAGGAGCUAUGAGCUUAUGGAACUUAUUUUAAAGGUCUACAUAUACCCCGACGGAGAGAAACCGAUAUUCCAUCAACCGCAUUUGAAUGGUAUAUAUGCUUCAGAAGGUUGGUUCAUGAAGCUAAUGGAGUCAAACACACAGUUUGUAACCAAGAACCCUGAGAAGGCUCACUUGUUCUACAUGCCGUACAGUGUGAAACAGCUUCAGCAUGCUAUCUUUGUUCCUGGAUCACAUAACAUUAAACCUUUAUCGAUCUUUAUAAGAGACUACGUCAACAUGCUCUCCAUCAAAUACCCUUUCUGGAACCGCACUCACGGAUCAGAUCACUUCCUCGUCGCUUGCCACGAUUGGGGUCCUUACACGGUGAGCGAGCACCCGGAGCUAAGACAAAACACUAUUAAAGCUCUAUGUAACGCAGAUUUAUCAGAUGGAAUCUUCGUCCCCGGAAGAGACGUUUCUCUCCCGGAGACUUCCAUAAGAAACGCCGGGAGGCCGCUCCGUAACAUAGGAAACGGAAACAGAGUUUCCCAACGUCCGAUCCUCGCUUUCUUCGCUGGAAACCUCCACGGUCGUGUCCGUCCACAGCUUCUAAAACACUGGAGAAACAAAGACGACGACAUGAAAAUCUACGGUCCGCUUCCGCACAACGUAGCUCGUAAAAUGACGUACGUGCAACACAUGAAGUCAAGCAAAUACUGUCUAUGUCCAAUGGGGUACGAAGUGAACAGUCCACGAAUCGUUGAGGCUAUAUAUUACGAGUGUGUCCCCGUAAUCAUUGCUGAUAACUUCGUCUUGCCGUUCAGCGAAGUGCUUGAUUGGUCUGCGUUCUCAGUGGUUGUGCCGGAGAAGGAUAUUCCACGGAUUAAGGAAAUACUGUUGGAGAUUCCGAUGAGGAGAUAUCUGAAGAUGCAGAGCAACGUGAAGAUGGUUCAGAAACAUUUUUUGUGGAGUCCUAAACCUAGAAGAUACGAUGUGUUUCAUAUGAUACUUCACUCUAUUUGGUUUAACCUUCUCCAUCAUAACCAAACUUCUACUCAUGUUCCCAGUUUCAGACAACAUCCUUGAUUAUGUCUAUAUAUAUAAAUACAAAGUUGCACUAGUUGACAUACUCGUUCUUUAAGGCCCAUAUUGAGUAUUAAUCGGCUUAAAAGAUGGCUCAAAUGAUCCCCCAUCAGAACCAAACUUUUACUCAUGUUCUCAGUUUCAGACAGCAUCCUUGAUUAUGUAUAUAUAUAUAAAAACAAAGUUGCACUAGUUGACAGUCUCGUUAUUUAAGGUUCAUAUUGAAUAUUAAUCUGCUUAAAAGAUGGCCCAAGUGAUCCCCCCCCCUCCAAUGUACAGUCUACUUGGUUUAACCUUCUCCAUCAGAACCAAACUUAUACUCAUGUCCCCAGUUUCAGACAGCAUCCUUAUUAUGUCUAUAUGUAUAAAAACAAAGUUGCACUAGUUGACAUGCUCGUUUUUUAAGGCCCAUAUUGAAUAUUAAUCGGCUUAAAAGAUGGUCCAAAUAAUCCCCCCAAUGUAGAGUCUAUUUUUCCGUAUAUUGGUGGUGAAAGAUGACAAAUUGUUCCGAUCCAAUCAGAUCUCUUUUUCUUUGUAGCACCAUAUCCAUAUUUGUAUUAUUAAAUACUAGAUCUAGACUUGUGCCUUGCACAGAUUUUGCUAUAUAUAUAAAAAAACAAAGUUGCACUAGUUGACAGGCUCGUUCUUUAAGGCCUAUAUUGAAUAUUAAUCGGCUUAAAAGAUGGCCCAAAUGACCCCCCCCCCAAUGGACCCGUGCGUUGCACGAAUUUUAUUUGAUGUUAUCACUAACACAUAAAAAAUGAAAAUAUUGUUUCACUUUAGUUCUUGGAUUUUAUGAUAAUUAUGAUAAUCUCUAGUAAGGAUAAUGGUAAAACAAUUUAAAGUUUUUUUUUUUGUGCAACCCAUAAUUUAAAGCUAUAUCAAGAAAAGAAACACACCAAAUAUUUUUCUUGUAUGAAAGAAUUUCCGAUUUUAAGCAAUAAUUUUUUUGUGACAAAAUCCAGGAGAGUUUAAUAUUAUAUAUUGAUGUGAAUAAUUGUAAUAAAUUUUGGAUUAUGAUUUCUUAAAAAGAAAAUUUACUAUUUAAAUAGGAAAUUUUAUUAUUUAGAAGGAAAUUUUGAAAUAUUUAUUUUACAAUUUUUUUGUUUUAAUAAGAAAAAUACUAUUAAAUAAUUCUUUUGUGUUAUUAUCUUAUUAUAUCUAUCUUAUUAAUUAUGAUAUAUUUUAACACAUGUCAUCAUCCUAAAUUUUUAAUUGUCAUGUGUCACCAUCAUAUUAAUUAUCGACUUUGAACUAAUAUUUUGCUAUUGGUUUAGGAUUUAAAAAAAACACUAUUAAAUAAUUCCUUUGGGUUAUUAUCUUAUUAUAUUUAUCUUAUUAAUUAUGAUAUAUUUUAACACAUGUCAUCAUCUUAAAUUUUUAAUUGUCAUGUGUCAUCAUCAUGUUAAUUAGCAACUUUGAAAAACCAAGCUUUAUAUAAUAAGAUUUGAUAUAAGUUUUAUAAUUGGGUAUGAAGUAUAAAUUUACUUUUAUUGUUGAAAUAAGUGUGGACAUUGUGACCAACAAAAACUGUAUCAUAAAACUUUUAUUUUAGGUUCAGAAAAUGUAUUAGCUAAUUACACAAAUGAUAAGGUCAUAUACUUAAUCAAACUCUAUAUUACUAACAGCAAACAAAUUAUCUAUUAACAGAAAAUCAACAAAAAUAUCUUAAUUGUUUGAAGAUAUAUAAAUUUAUUUGAUUUAGGAAAAUAUCCUCAUAAAUAAAUUAAGCCGUUCUUGCUGCUAAAAUAAAUAAAUACCUGCAGUCGUACAUGAACGUAUGUCCGUAUACAUAAACCUAAACCUUUUUGUAUCAACCUAUUAAAAACUAUUUUUGAUCAACCUGUAAACCUAAACCUUCCGAUUAUCCUAAGAGAAAGAAAAAAAGAAAUUUUAAGUACAUCGAGCAAAACUGUUUCGGUGAUAGUCGUGAAGUAAUUAAGGUAUUGCUUUAGGAAUAAGUAAUGGCCCAUAUGAUUUAAACAAUUGGACCAAUUCCAUCGACCAUCUAUAAUUGUGACAUGUACAUCGCUGAUGGGCGGGUGGUCCUCUACGUAUUAUUAUGUGUCUACGUGUUAGUAAUCCCCACAUAUCAUAUACAUUACUAAAACAAUACUUGUGUUCAGUAAGUUUUAUAAAAAAAAAAAAAAAAAAAAAAAAAAAAAAAAAAAAAAAGUUUUAUAUUUAAUGGAACUUUUUGACACUUGACUUCCACCACCCAUUGGCUUAAAUUGCGAAGGUAUGUCCCAACUACUGCCACCAUGCAUGUUGCGUUUUUUCUUUAUGAGAAAACCAAGCUCAUGAUGUCAAGUCCACGUAAACCAUAAAGAAUGAAGACUUUAAACAUUUUAUGCAAAUUUGUCCACCAUCGUAUAUUUUAAUAAACAUAAUUAUUUUUUUGAAAUUUAUAAUUUAUUAUUGUAUGAUAAAAAUAUAUUAAAAAUAAAUAUAAAAUAUUUUCUAAAACGAUUUUUCUAAACACAGGAAGAUGUAUUUAAACCUUGUUCUUAUAUUGAGAGGGUUUUUUCUUCCUCCAACCUUGAAAGACACUGGAUAAAUUUAAUUUAAUACAUGAACUUAUCUACCAAAACAUGUUUAGUUAGGAUAUUAGCUGCAUUUUAUGACAUGUGCACUUUAUUCAACACGCUUUUCCCGUGUGUAAUUUUUCAUGAAACAUGUAUAUGUUUCGUCUUUGCAUGAUAUACAUAAAGUUUACCCAGGCCGUCCUUGAGCACAUACCUGAAAAAUAUUUGUAUGGGCCUACAAUUUUUGUAGUUUUUAGGGCCUAUUUUUUAUUUGAGUGUUAGCACAAAAAUAUAUAAGAUUCUAAAACGUAUUCAAACCGAUAAAAAAUAAAAUCUUGAGUUUAUUUAUUUAUUUUAUAAGGGGAAACAAAAAUAAUAAUUUUAGAAUGGAUAGCACGUAUUAGUUUUGAGGGCAUUUUAUUUUGAAUUACAAAUUUGAUUUAAUUUAUUAAUUAUUAUUUUUAUUUUGUAUUCAAAUUAUGACACAAAUCGAUAAAAUAAUAAGAUAAUACUUUGUUGAAGAUCCCAUGUUUAUAUACAGUCUCACUAAAAUCAUAAUUUAAUAAUUUCUAUAUAUAAAGUUCCUAUAAGUAUAAAUAAUAUAUUGUACUGUUUGUUUUCGAUUUUGAAUGGAUUUUUUUUAUAAUAUCUAAAAAUUUGUCUCUAAAACACAUUUAAAUUAUAUGAUACAUAUCUCAUAUACAUUAAAUAAUAUAAUAAAAAGGAUAUGCAGGUCGAAUGUAUAAAUUUUAAUGAAUAUAUAAAUAGUGAAUCAAGUUAUUUUUUCUCAUUAAAUAUAUAUAUUUAAAAAUUAUUUUUUAAAAAUUAAUAAUUCUGUAAAUUAAUUAAUUUAUAUAAUGCCAACAUUAUUAAUAGAGUUUUGCUGUAUUUUUAUUUGUCCAUUUUCUCAAACAAAUAGUUUAGUAGUAUUGACAUUAGCACUACAUUAUUAAACACUAAAAAUCUAUAUAUAUAUAAAGAUGUUGGCCUCUCUCCUGAGAGAGCCACGUCAUCAAAUAAUAUUCCCACAAGCUGACACCUGUCCGGGUUAGUAAAACGAUGUGUUUUGUCGUCAGUCGAUUUCUUACGUUUUUGGGCUUGGAAUUGUGAUUGAAGAUAUCAAGCCCAUACUGCGUUAAUAUAUGCUACGCCGUGUUGUUAUUGAUCCACAUGGUUUUCUGAUUAAGGUUAGACUGUGUUGGUAUGUCUCUGCUAUUAACGGCGUAGUUUAGGGUUCCAUCAUGAUCGUCGCUUUCUGCCAUUACAGCGACUGGUGUUCAGAAUUGGUGUGAUGAUUCCGUCUGUUGGUUUUGAUCAAGUCCUUUCACCUUCUUUCUACGAACCGAAACGAGGUAGCUUCGAGAUCCAUUGCAUUAAACAUUUUAUUUACUCCUUCGGCCACGAUAUGCAGUUAAUGUGUGUUAAAUAUCUUAGAGGCGGUGCUUUCACUGUAUAAAUAGGCAUGCUUGGUGAGUAGGUGGGGCAUCAUCUCCAGACAAUAUUCACACCUAAGAAUUGUUACAUCGCUCUUGGUCCUCUUCUUUGCACUGUCGUGUGUCUUUCCGUACGGCUCGGCGGAGAUGGUACGACGACUGCAAGGAACAUGCUUUGCGAUGUAAUUGUUUCUCCUUUAUUUAGUUCAUAGUGAUUGAGACUAAUUUUUACGAAGAUUUGGUCAGAUCUGAUCUCAGAUUUAUCAUGGCAAUCAACAAUUCCAACUUAGCUCAACUUUUGAUGAACAGGUUUUAAGAAAUUUUAUUCAUUUUUUUUUGUUUGGAAGAAACAAUGUAUCCGUAGGUGCUUCAGCCAAACGCUAUCCCGCCGGCGGAGAUUUGAGAAGCUCCGUUUCGAUGGUAAAAAAAGAUUGACUGUUGCCGUUUCUCCAAAACCACGUCGUAUUGGUUUCAGUGAUCCUGCAGUCUAUGAACAGCUCCACAAUCCCUCUCGGUUUCUGCUAUUAGGUUAGGUGAAAAGAUCUUUACCAAUUUCAUAGAUUUCACUAUCCUGAAAAUUCGUUUAUUUAAUUCUUUGUUUGCAGCCAUCAUCAAGGGGAUGUCCUAUUUGCAUCAGAGGCCUAGACUGAUAUCUUUGAUAUCGUAAUAUGGCUGAGAAAUACCAUAUUUUGUUGGUGAAAGGUAAUUCUAAGUGGUAGAUGGAAUCGGUAAUGUUCUUUUGAUAUAUUCAGCAGUGUGUAUAGAAAAGAAAGAUUACAGUACAGCUUGAGGGUUGUUGUAUUUUCUCUGCGUGAAUUUGCUUAGUAGGGAAGAAGAUAAAGUGGGGAAAGAGCUUGACCCAAUGUUAGUCUGACUUCCUAAAAUUUACCUGAUAAUAGAGCGAGAGAUUGGUGAAGAGAGAGACCAAGACGAAGUGAAGAACAUCGAGAGUGCAAGAGCAUUGCUUUAGCCUGUGUGGAUGUACCAUGUCUAUGAAACUGGAAGGUUUCACAUGGAGGAGUAAGAAUAUAUAGGAUGGGAAAAAGAUGGUUUGGAGUUGUGGUGUGUUGAUAUAAUAUAUUUGAGAUGAGACUAUUAGAUUUUGUAAUGUUAGGAUUCAUUGUCAAAUCAUGGGAAAUACAUUGACUUACCAGUUUUAAUGCAUUAUUUUUCAGUCUUCCGUAUCUUGCAAAUGUGUGAAUUUGAUCAAAUGUGAAAUGAAGAAUUGAUAGUGGUUAAUGAACUGGUGGAAGAUGUGUUGUUUUGUACCGUAAAACCUAUCAUAUAGUUAGUAUAAAAAAUGGUUUUUUUCCUUUUGAUGUGUUUCAUGAAGUUUGUUACACUAUUUUCGUUCUAUAUUUCAAAAGAUCUCUAAACUUGAAAACUUUUGUACCAAUUAUUAUAGUAAGUUAGCUUUUUAAUUUUCUAACUCUACCUAGAAACUCAAGUGUCACCAUAAGCUUUUUGGUAGGCUAUGCAUUCGACAAAAAUUUAAUCUUAAUCAUAAAUAACAUUCUAACUUAGUUAGUAAGUAGCUUUUGUGUCAAAAAAAAACUUUUGUUUGGCUCUGUUAUUCGUAUUUUUGGUUUGCUCAUCUUUAUUUACAAAUGAUGAAUGAAUAUGCAACAUGACAUUAAUCAUUAUUACAAUAUAUAUAUAUAUAUAUAUAUAUAUAUAUAUAUAUAUAUAUAUAUAUAUAUAUAUAUAUAUAUACUGCACAUAUUUUUUUUGUAAAAAAAUCACAUUUAUAAUUUUGUUUUUGUUAAAUGAAAGUUGAUUUGUAAACAAUAUGUAUACUGUACAUAUUUGUAAAGAAUCGGUGUUUUUGUUUUUGUCAAACAUGAAUAUGCAAAUUGACACUAAUUCACAUUUAUUUUCCACUUUGUUGUUCUCCAAUGUUACCUAUAAUAAUUGUAUGUGAAAUUAAUUCUAAUUUAUUUGUUUAUCAGGCCGAUACACUCUUUUGAGGAUGAUAAAUUUCAUAUGGCUAAGACUAUCUCUAUAAACAGAAUGAUGAACAAAAAAUAAAAAUAAAAAGUUAUUCUAUUUGUUAUAGUUUAACCGUAAACUGAUAAGCAUAAUAAGAGAAAUCGAAUAAAUUUACUUUUAACUAAAAAUAUCAUUAAGGUUAAUAAUUGUCUAAUUAUAAUAAAAUUUAAAAUAUAAUUAUUUAAUUUCUCUCAAUGUAUAUUUUAUUUUAACCGUAAAAAUUGAUAAACAUAAUAAGACAAGUCAAAAAAUGGCAAUUUAAAAAUAAUAUAUAGUAAAAAGUUUAAUAAUAAAUAUAUGUUUUAAAAAUAUCAAAUGUUUCAUGGUAUUUUGUCUAUGUGUCUUGAGAAAUUAAAUAAUUAUAUUUUUAAAUUUUAUUACAAUUAGAUAAUUAUGAUUAAUGCUAUUUUUAGUUAAAAGUAAAUUAUAUUUUCUUAAAUAAAUCUGUAUUAUUAAUUUAUUUAUCCGCCCGCCCGUAGGGCGGGUUUAUCCUAGUGAACUAUAAGUUUCUGUCUAACAUGAAAAGUUUCUAUAACUUCCAUAAAGCAAUACUUUUACACUUUAAAAAAAUAGUCACAUCCACAUAAAUUGCUACAUCAGUUGAAUGUCAAAUUAAUCAACAAUACCAACAGAAAAUGUUCAUAUUUAAACAACAACGAAAAAGUUUAAAGCAAAAAAGAAAACAACUACAAUUAUUAAUAUAGCAGUAACACACCAUCUAACAAAAGUUCUAUAUUAGAUCUUCAACAAAGAGAAAGAUUCACAAGAAAACAUAUUUCUCCACUAUAUUCAAAAAACAAAAGAAAAAACAAAUAAAAUGGUAUCAUAUACUUUA